AUGCACGACCGCGCACAUAAUCACUGGCGUUGGGCGCGUGCACACAGCACUGACAUCCGCCGCAUGGACCGGUUCUAUCCCAACUUUUACUCCCUUCAAUCGGUUCCAGCCGAACCACUGGAUCCUCGGUUUAAACGCCGUUCGUGGAAUGCUUUUCCCGAUGCCUCGAUCCUUCCCUACACACUCUACUCACAGGAGGUGCCUCAGAACCGGCAGCAUCAAAGAUGCUCCAGUGAAGCUCCUGCUGUAAAGCGGUCUUCGACAUUCAUUUCACAAGACGCUAAAAAUGACAUUCAGGAUGAUGAUUUAACAACAACUAGCGUCUCUCCCAUUCCACCAAUCGCCGUGGUGAAGCCCACAAUGGGUGGUAUAGCUGGUGGCCGCAUUCACCGUCCACGACCUUGUUAUGGGUCCGCGUUGAGGCCUGCAGUUGACCUCCCGCCACUAUGCAUGCAAAUAAGCACACCUGAGGUCGCUUUCUCUAGUCUUUGUCAGCAAAACAUUCAACGACCCAAUGGAACCCUCCCUCGACGGAGGUCCCAGCAAAAUAGGCAAAGAAGGGAGGUAGUGAAACCGGCUGUUAGACACUCGGUUUUCGAAUGCCCGAACGUCAUUGACUAUGGACCACUUCAACCAUCGGUUCAGUCACAGGAGUUGACCAUUCGACGAAGAGCCAGGAGGCACCCUGAGCUUGUGUCCACAGAACCGGUUAGUAGGAGAAGGCUGUUUGGCACACUCACGACUCAGUCGGUUCCUUUUACCGAUGAACUCAUGAGUAAUGAGGACCAGUCAUCGUCAUUGGUGUCUGAAUCGUUGCCACCUGUCUGCGUUCAUUCUGAAAGACUGCGGCGGGGUAAUCGUGUAAGUGUCAUUGUACAGAGCUCCACUACGACAUCAUGGGUGGGUGUUCUGCACCCAUCUCAUCAAACCUGCCCUUGUUUCUAA